UUAUUUUUGACAGAGCUGUCAAAGUUGCUGAAAUCGUACACUGCUUUAUCCACAGAAGAACGGAGUAUUUAAAUAAAAUGCGAACGGACUUAAUUAAAACAUUUUAUUCAAUUCUUAAUAUUGCGAUCUAAUAAGUUACUGAGCAUUUUUAAAUAGUGAUGGCAGAAGCAAAUGAAACCAUGAGUAUUCUAAAUGCCGAAGCACGCAGACAAUUAGAAAUUAAGCGUGAUAACGAGCUGUGUAAAAUAAGAAAGCUCCGUUUGGUAUUGCAUAAUUUGCAGAAAAUAAGAAUAAACAAAUUGGAUUUACCUGAUAACGGAGAACAAGUUGAACAGGCCCUUAAAGUAAUUGAAGUUAACAAUUAUAUCUAUUUAAAUGCUGGAGGAAGUGAUGACUAUUUACUUGGUUUAAAAUCUUUGGGCGAUGCUGUCAAUUUAACAUACACAGAACGAAAAGCAAUACGUGAAGAAAUUAUGUUUCAACUACGGACAAAUCUGCAGCCCGUUAUUGACUUUGGAAAGAAAUUGAAAGCAGAAAUGCCCGAUGUGUUUGCUGAUCCUGGCACACCACCACCCCAAUCUGCGACGUCUACAGCAACAAAGCCAUCGAGUUCAUUUUUAUUAUUUUCUUUGGAAGCCCAACGACGUGACAAUACAAAAAAACUGGUAGAGGCACGUAAUCGCAAAUGUGCUUACCUCAAAGCUGCCGCAGAGCUAAAAAUGGGUCCAUAUCUUGCACAUGAAUUAGAACUUUUAUACGCCCAAGGCAAACUAACACAAGAGAAAGCCAGUAUUCUCCGAGAUUACUUUACUAAUGAACUAUUAACACGUACUGAACAAAGUGCCAAGGCGCUCAAAGAAGUGGAAAUCUAUUUAGACAAAGAAUUGGAAAAACUCGAGGGCUCAGAAGAAAAUUGAAGUAUGACUAUAAUCUAAUCGUGUUGCUUAUUUAAUAAAAGAUCUAUAUGUACAUUAAAGUCUGAAGUUAGGAAAUAUAAAUAAAUAAAAUA